AACCUUUAUAAAGAUAUGAAUGAGUGAAUUUUGUUCAUGUUCAUGGUUCUCUGUUUCUCAGGAAGUGACAUCAUACCAAUGGAAGGUGCGUCUUUUCCUGUUUAACGUGGGCUGUUGUCUGGCGGCAGCGUACUUCUUCAGACGCCACAACAAGUUCUGUGAGAGCGGAGUCUACACUUUGUUCGCCCUCUUUGAAUACCUGGUGGUCUUCUCCAACAUGGCCUUCCACAUGACGGCCUUCUGGGACUUUGGGAGCAAGGAGGUGAUUGUGGCCACGCCACCUGAAGACAAGCGAUACUGAGCCGCAGGACGCUGAGGCGUCAUGUGAGCUCGUGAACUCAACCUGAAGUGGUCCGAAGAUUUGAGCGACAGACGAGUGACGCUCUGCAGAGUCCACACGUCUAGUUUGUUCUGUCGUCUGAACUCAGCAGCUGAUUUAUGAGUUAUUCUUUUUAUGAACUGAUUAUUUCUCAUCGUCAACCAGUGACAGUGUUUAACACAGAUUCUGAGACGAGACUUUAAACGACACAUCAAUAAAAUCAUCAUGAAUCUUCUUUAAUGAAGACUCACUGCUGGAGUCCUGUUCAGCAAAUACAGAAGUUAACCAAGUGA